AUGGCAAGACUCUUAGCCACGACCACUUUGGAUGAUAUAAUUGAUGAAUUAAGACUCAAAUACGACUCUUCCGUUGGAUUAUUGGAUGGAAAUGCCAUUCGAGAAAUUCCAAGUCUCAACACCUUGCAAAAUUUGACCAAACUAUUGACCAAGUUAUCUAGAAACUUGGAUGAAAUCGAACAGGGCGACAAGGAGCUUCUAGUGCAGGUAGAUAAAUACUUGGAGCCUCUUGAAGAUAAACAAGACGAAGAUAAGGAAAUUAUUGAUGGAGAUGAAGAACAGAGCGAAUCUGGAACGAAGAGAGAUUUGGAGGGUGCAGAUUUGGAGGAGGAAAGCAUUCCUCUUGCUAAGAGAAGAAAACAAUCUUCCAAAGCAGACCCGGAGGAUCCCGAGGACCUUGAAGAUGUGGAGUUGGCUCAGGCGCCCAAUGAAAACAACGAAGAUGAUGAUGUGGCCAACGAGGCAGAAGAAGGUGGUGAUACGAAUAUGACUGAAAGUGUUACGGCUGAAACUGACGACACACUGAAAGUGAAUUCGAAAGAUGACCCUGUUCCACCUGUUCAGUCUGGUUCUUUCACCCAGGAUAACGAUACGCGGUUGAAGAAUCCAAAAUCGGAAUUCGUUGCAUCACAGACACUUUCGGCCAGUGCUAUUGCAGAACUUGGGCUCUUCUCCGAAGACAACAACGGUUUAGAAACGCAAGGCAAAGAUUAUCUUAAAAGAAAGUAUGGUGUUGCAUCAUAUCCAGAAAAUGAUCUCAAAGACUUGCUACCGGGAGAAAUUCCAGAUGUUGAUUUCUCGAAGACCAAGGCUCCAUCUAAUCAGGUGCAAUUCACCACCUACCAGUCAUACAUUGAGUCGUUUUUUAGGCCGUUCUCGAAUGAGGACAUAAACUUUGCUAAUGAAAAGUUCGUCAUUCCUCCAGAGUUGGAACACCUGUCAUAUGAUCCAUUGGUGAGUCCCUAUCUCAUACCGAAGUUGGGAGUAUUCUACGCUGAUGUUUGGGCCGAGGAAGAUGCGGCAUUGAGAUCCAAGUUGUCUUCUCCAGGCGUUCAGAAGCCUCCUCUUGAGUCGUAUAAGCCCAAAGGUGAUGGCGAAGGCUUAGUGGACGAGAAGAUGCUCACCGAAGAUGUAUCUUGUGGACCAUUAUCGAACAGAUUAUUGUCUGCUAUUCUCAGUGUCCAUGAGGCAAACAGAACCGAUGAUAUGGACAAGGAGAAUGGUGUUGGGGAGUCAGACAUCAAGAAAGAGGACUCAAUUAUGGACGAUAAUUUAUUUUCAGACGAUGUGGCUACCCAACUAGAUUCCGGUGAUGCAUACAAAGUUACUUCUGACGUGAAUGAUUUCUACUCCAUGGAAGAGAGACUCAAGAGAGAAUUGAAGUACAUUGGAAUCUUCAUGAAUCUACCUUCGAUGGAUGAUGACAAGCCCAAACGGCCAGGAAAUAUUAUAGAUUCAGAUGAUUGGAUUAUAGAAAAGGAGGAUGACGAGAUUUGUUCUGAGAUUCGUGCCUUGCAAGAGGAACUCAAAGGGUCCGUUAUCCGGAACAGGCAGAGGAAGAAAUACCUCAUUCCGAUCUUAGAAGAUCAAUUGGCAUACCAGGAGUAUUGUACUAUCUUGGACGACUUGGAUAAGCAGGUCGACCAGGCAUAUAUCAAGAGACUUAAAGCGAAGAGCAAAAAGAAGAAGACCCAAGAAGUCACCAAUACUGCGCAGCAGCAAGCUGCCAAUAGUGGCUUACGGGCACUUUUGGAUAAGAGGAGGCGGUGGAUUGAUAGUAUUGGUAAACUCUUUCCUCCGGCAGAGACCAUGAAAAGGAUUCCACGCGAUUCCAUCUUCAAAAACGAGGUGCAAUCAGAUGAUGAAGAGGGCGAUGCUGUUGUUGAUGUUGUCAACGAAGAGACUGCGUAA